AGAUCUCUUAGAUCUUUAUACACAUAACAAAAGGAAUUUACAUUGGUCAAUACACACAUAAAUGAAGAUAAAACCCCCUCUUUCUUUGUCUGCACACCAAACCUACACACACCCAAAACGUAAAUCAAAAAGCCAGACACAUCUAUCCUCUCCAACCCUCCCUCUCAUUUCAACCGAUCGGACCACAAGGUGGUAUCGGCAACCAGCGCGGCGGCGCACGGUCAGGUCCGGCAGCCCCCCUCUCUCUCGCCUCAGCCGACACCAACCAUACCUGCAACCACCCCCCCCUCUCGUGAUGCUUCGCGACAGACAAGCCGGAGCUGGAGAUCCGACCGAGCUCCGAUGGGGGCAUGCGGCGCUGGUGAGUGACACCCCAAACAAACCAGACCCUUUCACCUCCCUCUUCCCUCUCGUUUCAAAUCUGGCGAACACAAAGGAGGUCGGACGAGUUCCGACCGGUGACAAUCGCGACAGCCGACCACCACACCAGUCCGGCGAGGAAAGAGGCGGAGCAGAGGUGACGGUCCGGCGGUCCUUGUCUCGGACCGCCGGUCGAUUCGUUUAUCCGCUGGGUCGAUGUUUUUAUCCGACGAGCUCCGGUUCAGAUGGUGGGUUCUCUUCGACUGAUGAAGACGAUGAUGAUGGUGGUGACGUGAUCGACGGCGGCUGUAGCCGCCGGAAGUGAAGACAGCAGCAGCGGCGGUCUUCGGACCCUCUCCGACAAAAUCCCGGUAAAUCUCCGUUCCCUUUAUUUUCCGAAACUUGAAAAUGAUAGUGAUGUUGCUGUUGCUGUGAUGUUCGGCGAUUCAGAUUCUGGGAUAUGUUCGGCGGUUCAGAUUUGGUUUCGAGUUCAAGUCCAAAACGGGUUAACUCAGUCUCGGUUCGGGUUCGGUCAAGCCGAAUCAAAGUCAGAAUUUUCGGUAUGGCCAGAUUUAGUUUCGAUUCAGUUUAUUUGUGGCUCGGGUCUCGACUCAGCAACUCGACUCGGUCCGACUCGGUUCAACUCGGUCCACCUCGGUUCGACUUGGUUCAUCACGCCUCAACUCAGUCAGGCGGCUCGACAUUUCGGUGUGAAGACUUGGAAUAUUGUAGAAUGCACGCUAGCAAGUCUCGUCUUGGAAACGACAUCCCGAAGUCGUAUUUAACUAGCUCUGCACAGGAAUAUUCAGGUUGCAUUUCUAAGACAAGGCACGGUUGGAAUAGGAGGACCAUGAAGAGUCGAGUACUUAGUGGGCGUUCAUUUUCUAGAAGACUUAGAUUAUUUGCUUCCGCUGUGCAAUGAAGAUACCAGUCCAGUCACGCCAAUGCUCUGAUAUUUCGGGGUGUGACAAAAUUCAUAGCCUAACUCUAUCCAGUUUACAAGUUAUAACAAAAAGCGUAACAUGAAUUUUCUGCAGAAAAAACGCAGCUUUUGCUGCUGUGCAAAACAGUCCUUUAAAAAUAAUAAACGACCUCAGAAAAAUGCGAUUCCAGCGCCA